AGGCUCACAAGUCCCGCGUACAGUCUCACAAGGGGCUAAGCGGCCAAGGGGCUGGCUAAAAGUCUGAUGUUUCCAAGCGCUCAAGCCUGAGGGUGCGGCACAUGGUAGCAGGUCUCUCGCGCUUUCAACUCCGGAGGCGUCUGCAGGAGGCCGAUUCCGCUCGCCUACCGUGCCCGCAUCCUCGCUCGCGGCCACAGUCUGCGCGUUGCCGUCCUGGCCCGGAGGCCACGCUGAAGGUGGCUGACGCCAAGCGCCUCCUGGACGUGCUGACCCGCAACUCAAGUUCCCGCGUUGUGCUGCCGCCAGUGGAGGCGCCCCAGAACGAUGUGGAGUCGAACAUUGCAAGUGUGGAGGAGCUGCCGCCCUUCGAUGUGUUUCUGGAGAUCUUGCGAGGGGCAGGAAUGGCAGACUGUGAGUUUCGAGGCUUACGAGGUAUUGAGUCCAGUGGCUUUCCCGUGUCUUCCCAAGUGAAGACGCGUGGCUCCUUCCAUGAGUUUGUGUACGUGCGGCAGCUGGGGCCCUACGAGCUGGAACUUGCGCCGUUUCGAGAGGUGGACAUGUCAUCCUACUGGACUUUGAGCCCCGCCGGGCUGUCCCACUACGUCCAGGGCGCUCCCGUGACCUUCGUGCCUCUGCAGCGCUGGCUCAACGAGCGAAGCUCUUUCCGGGCCCUUCGCCAACUGCGCUUCUUCCAGGAGUUUCCAGCACGGAAAGCAUUUCUCAGCUGGCGAAAUGCGGGUCGUCGUGGGCGCAUGGCCAAAGCUGGCCAAGUCUUGUCAGAGCGGAUCUUUUUCCUUCACCCAUGGUUCCGCAAUGUGUACUUAUCCGUGCGCCGCGCGUUCCAGGAUGUAGCGAACCUCCGAUGCGUGCGUUGCUGGUUUGCUCAGCCGCUGACCCUGCAAGAGUUUGCAGCUGCCCAGCAGAACUGGCAAGACGAUCUUUUUGAGCGCGCUGCGCAGCACGCAGCCAAGCUCAAAUCUGAAGUCUUCGGCGUCUUCUUCCGGGUUGCCGAGGAGGUCCGCCAGGAGACUUGCAAGAGCGACUUCACACGGGCCAUGCUGGCGCACGAGGUGCUUCGGCCUGCGGUGAUCCGCGCGGGGAUGCCGAAGGAAGAUGGGGAGGCCUUGGAGCACUUGGGAUUUUGCAAGGACGUAGGUUUUGCGCAGCGGUCCAAACUGCGCCGCGAGUGUGGCCGGCUCCUGCGUUUCGGGCGCCUUGUGGACUUGCUUUGCGCCGAGACCUUGGUGGAAGUGAUGGAGAACUCUGUGGCCGAUGUGCUUCACAACCUCUGUCCAUCCGAAGAAGACGCGAAGCAGCGUAUGAUCAUCAAGGUCGCGCAAGCGCCAGGCCUGUGCCUGGACUUGCGUCCCAAUGCCCAUGAGCUCCACAGCGAGUUCCUGCGUUGGCUGCGAAAUGGCUGUUGCAUGGCCAACCUCUUUGUGCAGAAUUCCAGGUGCCCAGAGCUCGGAGCCUUUCGCUACAUCGUGAGAUCCGCUGCGAAGCAGGAUGAAGCGGCAGAUCCGCAGACAGAUGAGCAGCUCUUCGAUCGCUUGGAGACUCAGGAGGCCUGGCGACGCAGCACGGGCCUCCUGGCUCGGCGCUUGCGGGAGAGCUUCCAAGAGCUCGAGUCAAGGAUCUCGGAGCCCGAGCUGCUCGACUUCGGGUCCGUCGGAGGACUUGAGAUAAAGCACCUGGUGGGCCCCUUGGAACUGUUAAGAUGAGCCAGAGUGGUGAAGGCUUGAGCCACAAUUGUAACGUGUACAAAUUGUACUAGUGCAUUUAGAGACGUGCACGCGUGCUGAAGACCAGCAUGG